AUGGCGGGGUCGAAUGGCAACCUCUACCUGGCCGCAGCCGUGGCGUGUAUGACCGCAAGCCUCCUUGGCUACAGCGUCGGUUUCAUCGGAGGCAUUCUGGUACUGCCGAGUUUCAUGCAUCACUUUGGCCUCGACCGGCUCAGCUCCAAUGACCUUGCAGUGGCGCAAGCUGCAACAGUGACAAGCUGGCUCGUUGGCACGCUGGUGGGCGUUGCUGCUGCAAUGCCGAUCUACACCAAAAUGGGAAGGAAGCCGUGCUUACUGUUCUGCUCUGUCCUGUACAUACUCGGAGCCUCACUUCAGAUCAGUGGUGUGGGAGGCAUUGCAGUAUUUGAUGUUGGGCGACUGCUCAACGGUGUCGGGGUGGGCGCUGGGACUUUAGUCAGUCCGCUGUACAUUGCCGAGAUCUCGACGCCUGAUACGCGAGGCAUGCUGAUGUCUGGCUAUCAAGUCGGGGUACAGCUGUCGGCGCUGGUUGGAUUCUGGGGUGCUUACGUCUCACACAAGGCCUUCCCCGAUACUUCUGUCCAGCAAUAUCUUGUACCAGUUGCCCUACAACUGAUCCCUGGAGUACUACUUAUUCUCGGUACACUAUACAUUGUUGAGGUGCCUCGGUUCCUGGCCGAAGAAUCACAGUACGAGACGCUCAAUCGGUCGAUCUGCUGGCUUCGUGGACUGCAGGAAUCGUCACCAGAAGUCCUGUCCGAGGUCGAAUCGAUCAAGCGAUCUGUCGCCUCUGUCGAGCAUGCGCAAUCACUUCACAAGGAGUCCUUUGUGGCGCAACUCACAUCGAACCCCAGUCUGCGCCGACGCUACUUGUGGGCAUAA